AAUUAAGAACAUCAGAAUUUCCAUCUUUUCUCAGACUUCAUUUUUAUUUCUACUUCUUUUCAAUUCUCUUCUAUUAAUGUAUUACCAGUUCUUUACAACAGCUUUUUCACCAAUAAGUUGAAGUGUAAUGCUACUUUGUCUUAAUCACUAUUCAAUAAUCAAAUUGCUGCAUGAAUCUAAGCAGGAGCAAGAAUUAAUUUUAUCAUAUUGAUAAACGUACCAAAUCAUGAGGACUUUUUUCCGGAUAGCAGGAAUAAUGUGGGCGGAUGUGUUUGCAUAUUAUGUGCUGUGGAUGAUGAUGGUAUAUUUGACUGAUGUAUGGAAGCUUGAUUUCACACAUGCUGCUGCAAUUAUUAAUAUAUGGAGGGGAUCUGCUUUAGUCUUACCACUCUUAUUUGUCCAUUUAGCUGACGCUUUCCUGGGCAACCUUUGCACCUUACUCCUCACCAGUCUCUCCUAUACUCUGGGACUUGGGUUGCUAUGGAUGUCAACACCACCAGUGCUAUCAAAAAUAAACGAAAACUGCACAGAAUACAAACCAGAAUGCAUAGGAGACCAACAAAAACAACUCUUCUACGCAGCAUUAGCUCUAAUAGCCGUCGGAAUGGCCGGUCAUUUAACCUCCUUACCCUCAUUCAUGGCAGAACAAACACAAUUAAUAGAAAACGAAUUUAUGGCGACUGCAACACGAGCAGAAGAACAAGGUGGUGGGUCAGGAUGUUGCCUUGUUUGUCGAUCUAUGCUUGGUGGGUUUAUGGGUAUCUUGAUCCCAAUUAUAGGACUCAUAAUUGUGACCUAUGUUAAGCCUUGGGGAGUUCAGUUUGGUGUUAGUGCUCUGUUUGCUUUGGGUUCAUUAGUUGUGUUCUUAAGUGGCAUAUUCUCGUACAAUUAUGUUUCACCUCAAGGAAGUGAACUUACUAUUGUGUUUCGUGUGUUUGUUGCUGCGUUUCGUAAGAUGUUUUGUAGAUGUCCUCAAGAUGUGAACCAGCUUUACGAGAGCAAUGAUGUUGGUGGAGCUGAAAAUCAUGCUUUCUUGCUUCAUACCAAAAGUCUUAGGUGUCUAGAUAAAGCAGCUAUCAUCCUACCACAACCAACCCUAGAAGAGCAACAGCAACAAAGAUGGAAACUAUGCAGAGUAACAGAAGUAGAAGCAACCAAAAUUUCCAUACGCAUGAUUCCCUUAUGGAUUACCAUCAUACUUUGUGGGUUAGUAUCCGCCAUUGGAGACACAUACUUUCUACAACAAGCAACAUCACUUAACCGCAAAUUAGGCCGCAUCAAACUCCCUCUAAUCUUCCUCUUAUGGUUCUACGACCAAUCAAAAUCCCUUUUCACCAAAAUCUUUGUCAUGGCAGCAUCAAUUACCACUCUAUUCGGCCGCCAAACAUCAACUAGACGCUACGUUUCAUCAAUUGGAAUCGCAAUCUCGAUCAUGUUUUCGGUCUUAUGCUGCAUCGCAGCAGCAAAAGUCGAGACACGAAGGCUCGAAACGGCCCGAAAUCAUGGGUUAAUCGACAAGCCCGAUAAUGAAAAAGUGGGUAUGAGUAUGUUUUGGUUAUUACCACAAUUUGCAUUGCUUGGUGGGUUAGAUGGGAUUAGAGAAUUUAGUGUUGGGUAUUUAGUGAAUGAUCAAGCUCCUAAUAGUAUGAUUAAGUACUUUAAUUAUGUGUCAAUGGGUAGUUUUGGUGUAGGUAUUAUGGGAAGUGCUGUUUCUGUGUAUGUUGUAGGAAGGAUUAGUAAGAAAAUUAGUGGGAUUAAUUGGUUCCAAAGUACAUUAAAUAAGAGUCGUUUAGAUAAUUAUUAUUGGGUUUUAGCUGCAUUAAGUGCGGUUAAUCUUGUGGGUUUUGUUUUGUUGGCUUGGUUUUAUAGAUACAGAGAACCAACAGAUGAAGAGUUGGAAGAACCAGAAUUUGAAGAGACUGAAACUAAUUUGUUCAACCAUAUUGAAUGAAUUAAGUGUAUGUAAACCAAUCAACAUAUAAUACAAUGGGAUUGAUUUUUAUAUUGUUUAUAGUUUAAUUUAGAUUAAUUUUGAGUAAAUUAAGAAUGAAAAAAUCAAAUUACUUGGUAAAUUAUGUUACACUGAGAGAGUUAAACACUUUGAGAGUCAUGCUUAAGUGUUCACUACAAGAAAAUGAUAAAAUUACGACCAAAAGAUGUCAGACAAAAAUUUAUCGUCGCAUAUUUUUGGACUAAGGAUGACUGCCUAACAUUGCCAAAACCUUUCAUAGUUUUGGACACCCAAAUAAUUAUGGCGUGACUACGACCCCUAGAUCAUCGUCAAUUUGAGAGAUCACUAACUAGGUUGUAGCUAGUCCUUAGCCCUAUAGAGAUUUUUAAAUUUAAUUUUUUUUUGAAAAUAGUGUUAUCUUGGCUAAGGCUCAGAUUGUCGCUAACAAGGGCAGUCACCAGGCUGAAACCAGUCCAUCUCCUUUUUGUUUUUAAACUUUUUUACAUUUUUUUGGAAAUAAAGACGACUUGACUCCCAGGUUGUCCCCUUAUUUCUCAUUUUGCAACUCUGAUAUAGGAUUUCUCAAAACUUAUCCCUUUUUCGUAUUACUUAA